AUGCAGUUCGCGGACUGGCUGUUGGAGAUAGUUCCACUGGGUGAUCUGGAUGCCUUUUUUCUUGCUGCAACCCGAGAAUAUGCACCAAUUGUUCAAGAAGUUUGGAAAGAUCCUGCUAUUCAAGCAACAUAUAAAUGGAAUAACGAGUUACAAUUUCUUCCAGAUGUUGCCAGCUAUUUUCUGGAUAGGAGCUCAGGAGAGCUCUGCAACAAGAUGAUAGCCAGUAGAAACCUGUUCAAGGACGUGAUCAGCUACCCUUCCUUUGAGGGCACCCCCUGCGUGCUUCUACUGAACAAGUAUGAUGCAUUCGAGGUGAAAAUCAACCGUGUACCCCUAACGGUAUGUGACUGGUUCACUGACUUCAGCCCAGUGAAGCCACACCACACCCAUCAGUCACUUGCCAGUCACGCCUACAACUACAUUGCCCUGAAAUUCAAGGACCUGUACUCAUCCAUCAGUUAUCGGAAGCUCUUUGUGUUCCAGACGAAAGCCCUAGAGCGGAAAACUGUUGACAAUGCAUUCAGGUACAUCAGGGAGGUGCUGAGAUGGGACGAUGUCAAGAACAGCGAUGUUUUUGGCAGCGUUGAGGAGUCUUUUUGUAGUAUGGACAUGAGCUCGUCAUCGUAG